AUGGCGCGUCCAAGUAAAUACGCGACCGAAAGUGAACGCCAGGAGGCCAAGCGACUAAAAAAUAGAGAGUAUUAUCAACGUAACCGCCACAAAAUCCUUGCUAGCAGAACAUCGAAGAAGAAAGACCCAGAUCUUCUAUUAGCUGCCGGUAGACCGCGAAAAUACCACACUAAAGAAGAGGUACAGGAAGCGAAACGACGCGCCUCGAGGCAGUAUUACCAUCGAAACCGAAAGGGUCCCAUUUGGGUUCUCAGUGGAAGACCAGAGGUCCCACCUCUUCGUGACAUAAGUCGAAAGUCCCUUCCGGAUUGGCUGGCACCUCAACUGGUACCCCAAUAUCGCAAGCUACAGGAUCUUCAAACGAAAUUCCGGUUGAUGACGUCGGCAAAUCGGUUCCAGGAGCUCAGGAAUAUCUCAAUUCAGUAUCUUAAGUCCCGGCGAAUUCAAGACAUCGACUCAGAGGUCGAAAAAUACAACAGCAUGUACAACUUGGCGCAAGAACAGGAAGACAUAAUUUUAAGCGCCGAAGGAAGCGCUCGAGGUCCUCUGUACGUUAAGGCUCGGGAAAUGACGGCCGAGAUUCGGGGGCAUGUCCAUCUGAUUGAAGAUAUGCUCUCAUAUGCGUUAGUCGGGUACUCCACCUUUUCGCGCAAGUAUUUUCGGGAGGAACUUGAUUUCCAGAAGGAAUGGCGUCAGCAAGACCCCACUGCCUAUGUGCAGUCAGGCCCUGCACGAACCACCGAGGACUCAAGAACCAUGACAACUCCAUACCCAUACGGAGUUGUGUACAACAGAUAG